AUGAAUAAAGCUUUAUUUAUAAAAGUUUUUAAUAAUAUCAUUUUAAGAAAAAUAAUAUUUAAUCAUAUUAGUUUCAUUCAUGUUAAUAUUUUAAAACAAAAAGAUAGAUAUAAAUGGAUAGAUUUGAUUAAAACACCAUCUGUGAUGGUUGGUAAUAACUACAUUCAGAUGUUUCAUGACUAUAGAAGCAGGCAUUGGAGAUGGAAAUGGAACGUAUUGAAAAGUGACAAUGAUGAAGAAGAGACAAAUCUCUUUUCACGUGCGAUGGAAGUAGCAAUCAUAGUAAACAACCGUGAAAUCUAUAACAUUUUCGUGAAUAACAAGAAAUUCAAUACCUAUCAAUUUGAUAGAUUCAUGGAGGCCGCAGUAAAGAAAGGUCGAGUUGAAAUGUUCAAACAACUUGAUAUUCGUUUAUUAAAUACACAUUCCCAGGAGGAAUGUAGACAACGCUAUAAAAAUCUUUUUUUUAUAUCACCAGAGAGCCGCAACAUUGAGAUGAUUCAUCUUCUUCUCAGAAAGGUUGAGGAGCACGUUACCGAAUUGCCUAAACUACGAAUCAUUAUGAGAGAUGCAUCUUGUUUGGCUGCUAGAUAUGGUGAUAUCGAAAUAAUCAAAUUGCUGGUGAGCAAAGGCAAUUUCGAGCAAGAUAAAACCAUUUUGUAUUAUAUAUUUCUUAAUACUCUUAUAUAUGGUAAUUUACAUUGUGCUAAAUGGAUGUAUCCGAAUAUUUACAGUGACUCUAGAAACACAGUGAAAAGUUUACUCAUCGACCCUGUUGCAGAGAAUGGUCACUAUGAAUGUAUUAAGUUUCUACAUUUUCAUGAAAUAAGCGAUUGUUCUGUUCGUGCCAUGAACAAGGCAGCCGCUAAUGGUCAUUUACAAGUGGUACAAUUUUUGCAUGAGAAUAGAAGUGAAGGUUGUACCACAGAGGCAAUGGACAAGGCUGCAUAUUAUAAUCAUUUCGACCUUGUCAAGUUUUUGCAUUACAAUCGCACUGAAGGAUGUACAUCUGCUGCGAUGACGCAUGCUGCACGUCAUAGUUUGGAGAUGGUGAAAUGGUUCCAUGAAAAUCGAACUGAAGGUUGCACCUCUGAAGCUCUUCACAAUGCUGCAACCAACAAUCAACUCGAAAUCGUAGAAUGGUUACACUUGAAUAGAACAGAGCGCUCACCUGAUACACUUCGACAACUCAUUUUCGAUAGGUUCAACAUUAAACCAGAAAUACAUAUCAGAAUAAUCAGGUAUCUCUUUGAAAACAAACUAUUCGAACGAUUAACCGGUACAUAUAGCCAUGUUUUAAAUAUAUUCAAAGGUGCUAUCAGUAGAAACAGUGACAGUGGUCUUCUUCAAUUCCUCUUGGAGCAUCAAUCAGAACUGUUCUAUACCAAAUCAAUGGAUAUCGAUGAAUUGAUUGAAUACUCAAAAGAAAAAAACUAUCGAGUUUCAACAAAAAUCUUAAAGCAAUUUAAAAAAUAA